UGAAUGAGAUAAUUCGUUGCUGGGAAUUGUUAAAUCGAUAAUAGUAUUCUUCCCCGUUGAAGGGACAGCAACCCUAAAAUCAUCUGUGUCAAAAAAUUCAUUUCAGUAUAGUUGUAAGGUGUAUAGAAUUUUUCAAAGUAUUAUAAAAAAAUCUGAGUUUCGUAUCGGAGAAAAGAUUCACCGCGAAUAUGGAUAACGUUGCUGAAAAGGAGGAAGGCAAGGGGGAGCCCUGUCCAAGGGUGGAUACUACCGUAAGAGGCGAGCAGCCGCCCGCGUUUUUUCCUCAACCGGGAGAUGAACUUCCGACGCAACCGGAAAAAUCCAUGGACCCGAUCGGUCCAUGGGCAACCGGUCGUGUUACGUAUACUCCUCAAGGUGGUUUGACAGGCGUUAGACCAGUCGUUGACCGAUACUCCGUGACCAAUUCUGGUGGAGCUCAAUGGAGAGCUCAUAAUAAAAUGUUCUUCGACGAAUCGAACGAAAAUAUUCAAGUAGCUCAACUUGCUAUUAGCAACGCAAAACGGUGCAUCGAGCGAACUUACCGCGAGGCGGACAAGACGCAAUUAGAAUCGACGGAGCAUUUAAAAAAUCGAGCGAACGAGGUGUACCGUUGGAAAACUGAAUUAGAGCAUUUAAUAAGUAACAUUACUAGAGAAAUAGAAUUGUUGGAAGCCGAACGUAGACACGUAAAACAUUCUUUGUCGGUUCUCACGGUCCCGGAGUCGAUCGCCGGCGAUUUUUUGCAACUGCGAUCGAAACGGCUAGAGUCCGAUCUUAUUCGAGACGAAGUUGAAGAAGAACUUACUAAAGAAGUUGCUCUGUGCUCGGAGGUACGCGAUUUAUUUAACAGAACUCGGGAACAAAUAGAAUUACAGCUAACUGAACUGAAGUCUGCGAAAGCAAGGAUGGAAGUGGACUGGACCGAUAAAGUCGAUGCUUAUAAUAUUGACUCCCAUUGCAUAAAAUUAAAAAAUGAUUCUCCCAUUAUAAUGUGGAAACCUGGAGCUACGAGAUUUCCAGCGGAACAAUCGACGCCUUCGAGUUACGAACAUUACACUCGUGAAAGUUUAACCGACGGGGAAGCAGCCAAGCAGAGAUCCGAAAAUUUGAGGUCCACUUUAGAUUCUAUAUAUAAGAACUCUAUUAAAGAUCUCCGGGAUCAAGCAACCAGAGUAGAUAUCGUUCUAAGCAAAAAAAUUCGACUCACGGAAGAUGUUCGUCUACAAUUAGAGAAAGAAUUGCUUCGUUGUUUAUACGAGCUUGCCAAUGCGGAAAAAUCAAUCGAAGAGCUUCGUCAUUCGACAAGGGGACUGGAUUGCGCAAUGAAAGUGGCACAAACACGGUUAGCAGAUAGACUCGAGCACAGACGUAACGUGGAAAGUUGUCGCGACACCCCUCAGUUCGCCCUGAUGGAGGAAGUGAAGUUCCUGAAUGAACGUACGUCGGCUGUCUUGGCCGAAUUAAAAAGGGCGGAGGAAACUCAGUCUGGUUUGAUAAAGGCCAGGAGCGAUCUUGAACACGAGAUAAUCGUGAAACGUAAAACUCUGUACAUAGACAAACAACGCGGGAAAUUGUUGCGUUCGUUUUAUCCCGCGACUAUUUGAACGGUUUUACGAAGUAUAAACGCACAGUUUCGUAGAUACGCUUUGGAAGUAUACGAUUUAUUCACGCAAAAAUAUAAAGUUUUGUAAGAGAUUUUUGUUUUGAAAAAUAUAUGUAUACGGCCUGGA